CGCCGACGCCCCUCCGUCUCGCCCGGGCCCGCAGGUCGGCGCCGUCUGUCGGGGCUUCGCGGCCGCUGCGCCCGCUGAGGAGGGCGCGGCUGUGCGGUCAUGGCCGUCACUUUGCCGGCAGUCGUGGAGGAGCUCCUGAGCGACAUGGCCGCGGCGGUGCAGGAGGGCGCGCGAAUUCCUGAUGAGCAUCUGUUAUCGCUGAAGUUUGUCUUUGGUUCAUCAGCCAUCCAGGCCUUGGACCUAGUUGAUCGACAGUGCGUCACCUUGGUUUCGUCGCCCAGUGGAAGGCACGUUUACCAGGUACUUGGAAGUUCUGGUAAAACAUACACAUGUUUGGCUUCGUGUCAUUACUGUUCAUGUCCUGCAUUUGCCUUCUCGGUGCUACGGAAGAGUGACAGCCUACUGUGCAAGCAUCUCUUGGCAGUUUAUCUUAGUCAGGUUAUGAGGACCUCUCAGCAGCUAAGUGUCUCUGACAAGGAGCUGACUGACAUAUUAUUGACGGAGAAGAAACAAGAAGCAUAAAAGGUACAGACUGAGCAUCGUCAUCUUUCAAAACAGAAAUUCCUGCCAAGAAAUGCAUUUAAUAUGUCAUGCAAGAGAGAUGAAAUAUAUCUUCCAGAGACUUAUUACUGUCCCUUUUCCCUCCUGGACUGCUGGAGGGACUGUGGGCUGUGGAGGGUGUGCGUGGUUAGAAGCCCUGUGUAGUCGUCUUCUCAGGAAAAACCUGAACCAGCCUCUGAGCCCCUGGGGUACAGAAUGUCCCUGUAUGUAAUCACUUAUCUUAGACUGAAAUAAAGCCUAGUAUCAUGUUGUGUCCACAA